AUGCAUAUCCCAGACGCUGAGCUGGAGGCACAAAUUAGCAGCUCAUGUACUCAGGACCAGGCAGAUCAGAGAGAAAGAGAAGAAGCGGUUAGCCCUGCCACCACUGCUGUUCAUAUUCCUCAGCGAACAUACCACCAUCCUACCGUCGCCUCCGAGACUGAAUCCGCUUCAGUAGAAACCCGAGCAGGAUCUACUCGCCAUUCAUCUCCGCGUCCUUACUCCGCACCAGGCAUCUCGAGAAUCCAGUCGGCAUCACCCAGUGGACAUUCUCGAUCACCCCCGCGUGGAAGAAGUCGCGUUCGCGACUCAAGCCCUGGGCCUUCUUUGCCACUUCGCUCCUCAGUUGCCAGUAUUAUCCGGGGUGCUUGCAUUUGUGGACACUGUCGGGCGGCUAUACAUUCUCGCUCUACCAGUCCCUUUCGGGAUCACAGUGUUUUAAGUGACUGUACCGGCCCCCGUCGAAGCAUGCUCGGGAAUGCAGUCGAGAAUGUCCCAGAUGGUUUUGGAAACUUCUAUCAGGACCGAAGCCAAAAUAUCUCGUACGGUUAUUGUUGGUACACAGGUGUUUGA